UAUUAUACUAAUGAUGCUAAAAUGGCGUCGAUAGAACUUGACGCCUGUAUUUUGAUCUCAUUUAUCGAAUAACCCUGCCACGUGGUGGUACACAGUGGAGAAAUAACAUUUACAAGAAUUAAAAUAGUCUAUUUUUUUAAAUUAUAUAAAUAAUAUGUGUAAAUUUUGAAAAUUAUUACUAUUUUUCAAUCAAAAAGUGGGUGCAACAAGGGAAUUAGUUGCUGUAACGACGCUUCAGAUCGUGUGCUCCAAUUUUCAUCGACUACUAAACAACAACAAGCUCAUUGCUUUAGAAAAUUGUAUAUAAUUGUUAAUUAAAUAGUGAAGAAUAGUAUUUUUAAUAAUUCAAAAUGCUUUACCUGGAGGAUUACGUUGAAAUGAUCGAGCACCUUCCUCAGGAGUUAAGGGAUCGAUUUACGGAAAUGAGAGAGAUGGACUUAGGUGUACAGAAUUCAAUGGACAGUUUGGAGAAGAAAGUAAAAGUAUUUUUCUCAAAUGCCAAGAAAAUGAAGCCAAACGAGAAAGACGGGGAAUAUGAAACAAUAAGAAAGGAAUAUUACAAGACACUUGAGGAUGCCGAUGAAAAAGUUCAUUUAGCGAAUCAAAUGUAUGAUUUGGUAGAUAGGUAUUUGAGAAGAUUAGAUCAGGAACUUCAUAAAUUUAAAAUGGAACUAGAGGCUGAUAAUAAGGGUAUAACGGAAGUUUUGGAGAAGAGAUCCCUGGAAUUGGAUCAACCCGCCACGAAUAGUAGUCAAAAAGAAAAUCGUUAUAGCUUUUCUUCGAGUAGAUCUCGCGACAAUCAUAGUCAUUGUAAGAUAUAUUAUUUAUCUUUUUAUUCCCCUUUUCUUAUUUUUUUUAAUUUUCUUUUUUCGGAAAUGAUAAUUUUAGUAUUUCUUUUAGCUCGUUCUGAAAAGAGGAGGGAUUCGAAUGCAUCUUCAGCGUCGGCAGAGAAACGUUUAGCGGCUGCUGAAAAAAUUCCUCAAAGUCUUCCCGAGCCACGUCCAGCGUCAGCGAAUUCUGGAGCAAUUAUCCCACCGGCAAGUCUUCCCGCUGCACAAACGGCAAUAGCAAAUUCCGUUGGUUCAGUGAGUUAUAAUUUGGGUCAUAUUGGAGCUGGUGGAAAUGCCAUUGCAGCUGCAGCGUCGCAGGCAAUUGCCGCAACACAACAAAUGCAACAAGGAAGACGAACUGCGAGUCUAAAAGCCAGCUAUGAAGCCAUCAACACUGGUGGCGUUCAUGCUGCUGAAUUUAGUCGCGAAUUAGCCGGUGCGGCUCAAACUGCUAUAGCAGCUAUUCAAGAAACUACCAAAAAGCACAAAAAAAAAGUUACUGCUGCUGCAGUUCCAAAUUCAAGCGUUAUUACAGCCGCUGUUCAACAACCUGUUACACCCCCGGUUGUAACGACAGCGAAUACAGUCACGGAUUCAGAUAAUCCUGAUUGGACUUACGAUCCAAAUGAACCGAGAUAUUGCAUAUGCAACCAGGUAUCUUACGGAGACAUGGUUGCCUGUGAUAAUUCUGAUUGCCCCUUCGAGUGGUUCCAUUACCCUUGCGUAGGAAUCACCUCUCCGCCGAAAGGGAAAUGGUACUGUCCUCAAUGCACCUCUUCAAUGAAGAGACGAGGUGGUCGGAAGAACUGAUUUCGGCACAGUUGAUCAAGAGAUUUCUACUACCUCUUAGGAUUGUCUGUUUGAGAAUCAUCAAUUUAUUUCAACAACCGUUAAUUCCGAUAAAAAAAAAUUGUUUUUUUUAUUCCUUUUUACUUGCGUCUAUGAUUUAAAAUUGGCUGCGUCAUUAAUUCGUCAGCAGCCAAUUUAAUUUAAACAAUAUUGACUUUAAAUAGUAAGAAUGACUUUUAAGUGAGAUCGAUAGUAUACCAUUGAUGACUAUUUUAUUCAUUUUUUUCUUUUCUUUUUUUUUCUAAUCGAAUUUUAACUUAAGAUUGUAUAGGCGAUAGUCUAACAAAACAAAAAAAGUUAGUCAAAAGAGAAAAGUGAGAUUGCAAUUUAGGAUAUUAUCUUCAAUAUUUAACAUCAUUAGUAAUGAUGUUGGUAGCUCGAUUUUUGAGGGUGAACAACAGUUGUACUGUUUUUUCUAUUAUAAAAGAAUGAAACAACAAAAAAAACAUUGAAACGCUUUUCUAAACAAUAGCAAUUUUCAAAUAUAGAUUUCCAAUUAUCACAUGCAAUUUUUAACUGUGCGUCUUUCGAUUCUAGAGCGACUUGUUCGCUUGUUACUUCGUCUAUUUGUUAGUUCUAUAAUAUGUAUUGUCGAGAGCAAAGCAAAAAGUAAAAUAACAAAAAAAUUAUAAAAAAUUAUACAAUGCAUAAAUUUCAUGAUUUUGGAACUUUUAGGAAAAUGUAGCUAUUCCGAGUGUGUAAUAAAACUGAAGAAUGCAGAGUUACUUAAAUUUC